UAUAUGCAUCUAUAUGUAUUUUAUUCCAAUUUGUUUUAUUUAUUGGUUUGUUUCCAAACAAUAUCAUUGUGAUUAUAUCAUUUUUCAUAUAUCAUGCACCUCUGUUUUUGAGCUUGUUUCGGAGUGAAAUUUGACCUGGACAUGAUAGUUGCAUGCUAAAAAUGGCAUUAUCUUUUAAACCAUAACAAUUUGGCAUACAUUUCAAUAUUCACCAACAUUCAUCCUGGCCCUAAUCCAACAACACUGAGGAUUUGCUGAAUCUGGUGUUGCUAGAGGCCCUUGUUAUCAGAGCAACAACAUUCCUGCGCUGUCAACGGCAGUCGGUGGCUUCGGAGAUGCAGCGGACACUGUGUUCCUGUCAUAAACACAGAUCUAGCCUCUCCUGGUUGUUUGGAUCCUAUGGGACAACAAACAGCUUAUCUGAGCAUUCACACUCAGGCACAGGCCUGACCUGACAGCUUAUGGCCUUUGAAAUCCAUUCAUAUCUACACCAUAUUAACCUUUAGCCUCUCUUCAGAUUCACUACUUUUUAGGCAAGCUGAGGAUUUGGUAGUAUGACGUAUGCUUCGAUGAAUGCAAUAAUAAAGCAAAUUUUAAUCCUGAUUAUGACAUCAAAAGCGAGACAAAACCAGUAAAAGGCUACGAGAGAAGAGGAUUUUUUAAAUCCUCACAAUGGUUCAUGCCAGGCUGAUAACAGUUCUUGGGAUAAUCUGCCCUUCACUAUUAGCCUGUGACGUGUUACUUUAGCUUAUUUUUGGCACAUAUGAAAAAACUAAAAGUACUUGAGAGUAUUCUGGGUAGUCCAAUUCUAAACCGAGGAUACUCUUAAUGUCAAAAGCAGUAAAUUGUAGCUUUAAAUUUUCAAAUUUAGCCUAAUUUUGCCACUUAAGUUCUGUGCAGUGAUACAAACCGUAAUUAUAAUUUCAUUGAAUGCACCAGUAAAUACGUACAGAGCCAUUCAGAAUGGGUUUCACUCAUUUAAGUGUUUCAAACUCAAGUAUUUACCACACUGCUGGUAAAAACGGCUUGCUAUUAUAAGGACAUUACCAUUUCUCUCUAAGCCAUCUCCUCAGAGUCCGUCUGCUUAUUUUGGACAUGAACAAUGCAGUCAGCGUUUACUGACAGGCCUCGCCGUGGCCAUGAUGUGAGCUCACAUGCUUUUUGCAGCUCUGUCUGAUUGACUCCUGCCUCCCAAAAAAGCAACAUCAUCAUGGGCUGGGGCUUUGUACCACGUCUCUCUGAUCCUCCUCUUAAGACCCCUCCAGCUGCCCACCACAGUAGAUGAGCGCCAACUCUCGCUUGCACCACUCAUCCCAGACCACUCGAAAGAUCUGAUGUACCAAAACUGAGACAAAAUCUUUCAGACUUUGAGCAGACUACCAAGAGGCCAUGAGUACAUUUGGCUACCGUCGGGAACUGAGUAAGUACGAGGAUUUGGAUGAAGAUGAGUUGUUGGCCUCGUUGACUGCUGAAGAACUCCAGGAGCUGGAGAAGGAGUUGGCUGAUAUUGACCCAGACGACAAUCUUCCCAUCGGACUGCGACAGAGAGAUCAGACGGCUAAGACUCCCACUGGAACAUUCAGCAGGGAAGCUCUGAUGAAAUACUGGGAAAAUGAGACGAGAAAACUGUUGGAGGAGGAGAGGAUCGGCUCCACAAGCCCUAGACAGAAAGAUGAAGAUGGCAGAGAAGAGGAAGAAUGUUUAACUGAGAGUGACACUGAAGAAUCUGGGGAUGAAAAAGACGAGGUUGAAGAAAAUGAGAAAGGUGCACAGAAAUAUCAGGACGUUGAAGAAGAGGAGCAGGAAGAAGAGGAAAGUGAACUGGAUGAACCAGUGACAGAAGAAGAGGAGGAGGUGGAAGAAGAAGAAGAAGAAGAAGACGAAGACGAGGAAGAGGUGGAGGAAGAAGAAAAUGAAGACAACAGUCCUAAAAUGGCAGAGUCACUAGAUUGUACUACUCAACCUCAGCAGUGUUGGUCUACCAACCCUCAGUCCAAUCACAGAAUGGCAGAGCCUGUAAGACGACACUCUCCACUGAUGGGCGAACCAAAGGUCCAAAUUCAGGAGCCCAGUCGCAUGUCAGGAAACCCCACUGUGGUGGAUGAGGUUCUGGAAAAGAUCCUCAACAAUGACCCAGAUACCACCGAAGUCAACCUCAACAACAUUGACAAUAUCUCCCAAGACACUCUUAUCCGAUUUGCAGAGGCCUUACGUUCAAACACGCAUGUACGUUUCUUUAGUCUUGCCAACACACAUGCAGAUGACCAGGUGGCUUUUGCCAUUGCCAAGAUGCUGAGAGAAAACGGCAACAUCACAAAUCUCAACAUUGAGUCCAACUUUAUUACAGGGAGAGGUAUCCUGGCACUGGUACAAGCCCUCACCCGAAACAGUACUCUUACGGAAAUGCGAUUUCACAACCAACGGCACAUUUGUGGAGGUCAGGUGGAAAUGGAGAUUGUGAAGUUACUGAGGGAGAAUACCACAGUGUUGAAGUUGGGGUACCAGUUCGACCUUCCAGGCCCUCGUAUAAGCAUGACGACCAUUCUCACCCGCAACCAAGACCUCCAAAGACAGAAGAGAAUGCAGGAGCUGCGUCAGCAGCAAGGAGGUGCAGCGACACCCACAAACCCAAGAACGGCUGCUCUUCAGAAGGGCACGACCAACUCUUCUCCUUACGGCUCACCUCGGAGUUCACCAUGGUCAUCUCCAAAGCUACCACACAUUGACAUGGCAAAGAAGAACGCUCCCCCUGCUCCUCCUCCACCACCACCUCCUCCUCCACCACCACCACCUCCUCCUCCAUCCAAAGCCUCCAUCCAAGAAAAGAAGGCUCCCUCCAGAAUGAUUGCAGAGGUCAUCAAACGGCAAGAGGAGACCUCCAAGAAACAGCAGCACGGGUCCACCAAAUCCAGGUCCAAAAAGGGCAAAAAAGGGGCUGCAAAGCAAGCAGAGACUAACAGCAUAUUAAAGGAACUGAAGAAUGCACUGAGACCCAUCAAUGAUAGAGAGAACUCCAGACCGUCCACACCUCUACGCUGCGCUCACGAUCAACUCAUGGACGCCAUCAGAGGCAGUAGCAUCAAAAAUCUCAGAAAAGUGAGUUUAGGGUCAUCAAACAGAACGGUGCGUAAUGGAGGAGUGCAGCAGAGCAACAUCAAGAAUAUUAAACAUUGAGGGGGACAAUUUGGCUAUUUUUAAUUAUUGGGGGGACUUGUGUCCCCCUCAGUGUCUAUGUGGUUACAGCCCUGACCAUGACAGAAGAAUAGAUGUGGUGAAAUACAUAAAACUCAACCGUAGCUUCAGCUCAUGCCGCAGUGGAAAAUUCAGUGUUAUCCUCAGAUAAGGCAUCCUGACCCCACAAAUUCCUCACACUUACUGCUGCUAUGAAUAGAAAGCAUUUUGCCCGUCUCGAUAAGGCAGAUGCCUUGGUGCUGUGGAAAAUGAAAACUGUUUGAGUUGACAGGAGUUUAAUUAUUAAUAAUAAUACUAUUAUAUAAGUAAACAAAAAUAGCAAGCUUGGCUUGGUUUUAUUAUUGAUUGCAUAUAAUAUAUAAAGUCACGGUAAUCCAAAUGUGCUGUGAAUAAAUUUAGUUAAACUAGAAAAAAAUGGAGGGAUCUGACCUUUUAAUUCUUCGCAGGUGGAAGUUCCUAAGUAUCUUCGGUAACCAGGCUAUAAGACAGAACAGGAAAGACCUCCUGAGCAUCAUCUGCGAAUACAGAAACUGCUUUUCUCAGAAUCACACCGAACAAUUCUGAUCAUUUCAGGUGUUUGGUGAGUUUGCAUUAGAAGGUUUCAAUGGUACAAAUUCUGUAAACUUGAUCACAACAGGGUCAUAUUUAAUGUUUAAAAUAACAGGGUUUUCAGUAUUGAGAAUGACCUGGAUAUUUGCACUGUAUUCAUUUUUUAUUACUAUUAGUAGUAGUGGUCGUUUCUGCUGUUGUUAUACUUUGUUGUUUUUAAAAUGAAAAAUCGACUAAUAAUUUUUAACAUUAUGCCUGUAUAAAUGUAAAUAUCUGACUUGGUUUAAAAAUCUUCAAUUAAACAAUCAAUUAAAAUAA